AUGGCACUAACAACGUCCCCGUCUCAUCCUAUUCCCUCUUUCUCAGCCCAUUUCCCCAUUUUCUACCGUUUCCCACCUUUUUCCCCCUUCCCCCUCCCCCCCUCUUCUCUCCUUCCCGCCGCCUCCCCUCAACCGCACAUUUUCCCCUCGUUCCCCCCUUUCCCCCCCCCCCUCCGCUUUCGUGUUCAGGCGGUAGAGGACUGGCCGUCCGCCGUGGAGGACCAGCUAUCGGGCAUCCAGGACGUGUGGAAGGAGCCGCGGUUUGACACGCUGCCGCACGUGGUGGCGGUGCUGACGUCAGGGUAUCCUCAAGAUGACAUGGCGAGCCUGGCGAAGCUGAGAGACACCAUCGAGGUGCUCGUGGACGACGUCGUGCAGGCGUAUCAUCAGGGCUUUAACAAGGCCAUUCACAACUACUCGCAGAUUCUGAAGCUGUUCAGCGAGUCAGCGGAGCAGAUGAGCGAGCUCAAGGCGAGUCUGGCGGAGGCGAGGCGGCUGCUGAGCAACCGGCACAAGCAGCUGCAGCAGCUGUGGUGCCGAUCAAUCACGCUGCGCCACGUCAUCUCCCUUAUCGACCAGAUCGACAGCGUCUCCAAGGUGCCAGCGCGCAUAGAACAGCUGGUGGCGGAGGGGCAGCUGUAUGCUGCCGUGCAGAUUCACCUGCAGUCCAUCUCCACGCUCGACAGAGAGGGCAUCUCCCAGAUCGGAGCGCUGAGGGACAUUCGCAACGAGCUGGCGAACACGAAGCUGCUGCUGUUCAACCGCGUGAUAGAGGAGCUGCACGCGCACCUGUACAACAAGGGGGAGCACAGUUUGAAGAAGGAAGCUGCAACGGACGACGAUGAUGACAUCAGCAACCUCGUGCCUGUAACCGUGCCGCCCGCCGCCCCGCUACAUCCGUCCCUUGCCGCCCAGGGCAUCUCUCUGCCCGCCCCUUCCAAGCCCUCCCGCACCCGCGGCCGCAGCGCCAGGGCCCGCGGGGGGCUGAACGUGGAAACUGGGAGCGCGGUGAGCGAGGAUGAUGACGGCACGGUGGGCUCGCCCACGCGCAGUGAGGCGUCGGGCACGUCCGCGCCGGGGGGAGAGAUGGUGGUUAGGCGCGCGCACGUUCCCCCGCCCAAGUGGCUCACUGAAGCCACGUCCAACGAGUUUGUGGAGUCGUUGACCAAGAGGGAGGCCCCAGAGCACGACAAGUACAUGCAGACGCUGGUGGAGUGCAUCGCUCUGCUGGGCAAGGUGGCGGCUGCUGGUGCUGUGCUCAGUCAGCGUGUGCGGGGGUCGGUGCGCGAGAUCAUCCUUCAUGAGAUCAAGGACUGUGCAGCUGCAGCAGAUGCAGCGCGUCCCCGAGUGGAGCAAGUGAGCAAGCGCUCACAGGCGGCCACCACUCCCCACUCAGCCGCCUCCACGCCCUCCUCCCACUCCACCGCCUCCUACUCCUCCACCUCCCGCGCCUCCUCCUACUCCUCCUACCCUCUCCGCUCCUCCAACCCCCGCGGCGGAGCAGUGGUGGUGGCGGGAGGGGGAGGUGCGGGCGGAGGGGCGGGAGGAGGGGCAGGGGCGGGGCUGCAUGCUCCGAACGGGGUGGCGCAGGUGGUGGCCCAGGAGCUGCUGGAGUCGAUUAUGAAGAAACUCACCAUCAUUCUAGAGAACCAUAUUGUGGUGGGGGAUCUCAUGGAGGCGAAGGCAUCGGACCGCUCGGGGGACGUCCGGCGCACGCCGGAUGGGGACGAGGCGGUCAGCAAGUUCAGCGCCAGCACGGGCGGCUACAGCGUCGCUUUCGUCUGGUCCUGUAUGCAGAGCGAGUGCCAGCAGUUGCUGUGCGACAUUCUCAGGGCCAAUCCAGACGGCGGCUCUUCUGAGACGUCAGGGCGCACCGCCCAGCUCAAACUCGACUCCGGCGGCAGCAGCACCAAGGGGGCCAUGCUCACCUUCAGCUUCCGAUUCACCAACGCCAACACCGCCUCCGCUCCUGCUGCAGGUGGGUGCGUUGCUCGCUCCUACUCCGGGUGGGUUUUUCUGUUCUGGCUGCAUGGGUGCACUGUUCUCUGCCAUGGCUGUGUGGGCAGCAGUACCAAGGGAGCCAUGCUCACCUUCAGCUUCCGAUUCACCGACGCCAACACCGCCUCUGCGCCUGCUGCAGGUGGGUUGUUGCUGCAGCAGGUAUGGUGCUCCUGCGGCAGGGGUGUUGCCCGCUCCUGCCACAGGUACAUUACAUUGUUGCCGCAGCCGCUGGUGUCGUGCUCUCUUUCAGGUAUGCUGCUGGUGUCGUGCUCUCUUUCAGGUAUGCCGCUGGUGUCGUGCUCUCUUUCAGGUAUGCCGCUGGUGUCGUGCUCUCUUUCAGGCGCCACUGUGUUCCUUCAUGCUUCCCCAUGUAACCCCCACUUGUGUCUCGUCAUCCUUCGCUUUUCUCUUCCCUCCCGUUUUUCUGUCUUGUCCAAUGACGGACCUACUGUGCUGUGGCACCCUGUAGCCCCCCUCCCUAUUACUUAUCCUCCCUUUGCUUCUCCCUACCGCCCCUACCUUUGCCUUCCGACGACCUCUCUCCCUGCUUUCCUCCCCUCCCACCUCAUCCACAGCAGAAUCACCACACCCCUCUUCCUGCUGUCUGCCUUCCCUCUCUCUGCUCUUGUUCUCCCCUGUCUCCGCCCUAUUUCCCCAAACAUAGCAGAGGCGCUGCCAAAGAGGCGGGUGGGGGGCAUGGCGGGGGGAGCGGGCGCACUGGAGGGAUACGGCACGGCCCAGCUGCUGCCAGAGCGAGGCAUCUACCUCACCUCCGCCUGCUACCGCCCCACGCUGCAGUUCACAGAGAAGGUUACUCAAAUGCUGCCACGCAAAUACUCCGACCUAGGCCGCUCUGGCCUGCGCCCCUUUAUGGACAGCUUCGUUAAGGACCAGUUCCUGCCCUGUGUGCGCGACGACUACCGCAACCGCGUCGCUGAGGCUCUCUCCAGUGAGUGUGCCCUCUCCAGCCCGUCUGCCUUCCGCCCGCGAGCCAAGACCAUCGGCAUGUACGAGCCAGCAGCCGAAAAGGGCCGCCCGCUGCUGCAGGGGCCGGUGGCGGUGGAGGGGGUGGUGGAGGAGGUGGUGGAGUGGGCCAAGGCCAUGCCCGUGUAUGCUGGGGAGUUCGUAGCCCUUGUGCACACCCUGCUUGACCGCACACUCGAGCGCUGCCGAGGAGUCUACACUGAGGCUGUGCUCGGCUCUCUCAGCAGCAACCUGGUGGGCCGCCCGGAUAUCGACAACCUCAUGCAGCAGCAGGCGGCAGCCAAGCUGCUAGCGGACGGCGAUCUGCCGCCCGCUGAGCUGGAGGCCGCCCGGGAGGACCCGCCUCUGGACAGCGAGGCGUACGAGCUGGACCUCGAGAUCUACGGCAAGCUGCUGGCUUUAAGGCCUAUUAAGGAGGAGCAACUGAUUCUGGACACCGGCAAGCUGGUGCUGCUGGCCGCUCUCAGUGACACACUUGAGUACUUUGCCGAUGCCAUCCUGCGGCUGGGUCGCCCCAAGACAGCAGGCAGUGCAAGGAAGAAGACGGCAGCGGCAUCAGCGAGACAGCAGCGGGCGCCGGCGCUGACAGCUUCACUGCAGCAGCUGGCGGAGCGCUACCGGCUGCUGGCGAGGGAGGCUCUCAGGACACUGCGAGUGGAGAUGCAGCUGCAUUGUAUCUUCCACCUGCAGUUCAUGCCGACGCGGGGGUACGUGAACGAGAUCGAUGCAGAGGAGCCAGAGGACUUCAUCGUGGCUCUCACCGCCCAGCUCACCCGAGUGGACGAGGAAAUGACGGUCUUCAUCGCGCCUGCCCGCCGCUACUACGUCUUUGGGGGCGUCUGCAGCCUUGCUGCCACAGGCCUUAUCCGGGCUCUGGCGGAGCUGCCAGGGAUCAACUCGCUGGGAGUGCGGCAGGUGCAGCGCAACUGCAUCGCACUGCAACAGACCCUGGCAACACUCAACGCGAACGGCAGUCAGAGUGUGCAGCUGAGUCUGGACCGCGUGGGCGAGUACUAUGAGCUGCUCAACCGGCCAUAUGAGGCGCUGCUGGCAUACAUCAAGGACCAUAACCGCUACUUCUCUGUCGAUGAGUACCUCACCCUGAUCAAGCGCACGGGCAAGUCUUUACUCCAAGCUACUGCCUUUACCCGAUUUCUACGACCCGAUUCCCAUCCUCCCGUCACGCCCUUUUGUUUCCCUCUCCCCGACCCCGCCAUCACGGGCGCGCAUCUCCUCCCCCGUUUCCUCGUCCGCCAACCCCCCAGCCCCCUCUGCAGCCCUCUGCUUCCGCCCGCGCACGGUUCCCCUUCCCCCCCGACUUCCGCCUCCCCGCCCCGCCCUUCCUCUUUUCCUGCAUCUGCGCAAGCCGCCACGCUGGAGGCGGAGAGGCUGAUCGGAGGGGAGGGGGAAGCGGGGGAAGGGUUAAUUGGGAAAAAAGAGGGGGAACCGGGAGAAGGAGCGGGGGCUUAUGCGGAAGUUGCUGGCGGCGAGGAAAGGGGGGAUGGGAAAGGCGGAAGGGAAAGGUCUGAGGACGGUAUGGAUGGCGACCGCGCGAGCGGGGAGCGGAAGCCCUUGACGGGAGGGGGAAACGGGGAAGAUGGGAGAGAGGGGGAAGAGGGAGUGGCGGAGGCUAUGGGGGGAGGGGCGCAAGCGAGCAAUCUAAAUAUAGGGGUUUCCAAGGAAAGCGUUAGCGUGAGUGAGAGCACUGAGGUGGAGAGAGAAAAGAGGGACGAGAUGAGCCCGAUGGAAGGAGGGAUGGGGCAAGCAGGCACGGAAGUAGCUGCAGCAGCUGCUGCUGAUUCUGCUGCAGCAAGGGCAGCAGAAGGGGCAGGAGAUUCGGGUAAAGGAGUGAGUGGAGGGGGAGAAGAAGCACCAGGGACGACUGGAGACGAGCAGUCAAAAGCCUCACCGCAAGCAGACCCCUCGCUCACACCCGCAGCAGCAGCAGAGGGAGCAGGAGCAGCAGGAUCAGCAGCAGCCGGAGCAAGAGCAGGAGCGAGAGGAACAACAACAGCGGAUGGAGGGCGCACGUGGGGCGGGGGAAUCCGCGCCAACACCACCCCCUACUGGCGCUUCGUGCAGAUCCUCUCCGCGGUGGGCGCGGGGGUGAUAUUCAUCCCCGCGCUCGUCUUCACAGUCAUUAUAUUCAUCCGCAGCCUCUUCCUGCAGGCCUGGUACCACCUCUGCUACUCUGGCGCCGUGCGCCGGCGAAAUCGGCGAGUGGUAACCCCAUCGUGCCUGUCCGUGCUGCCUUCGCCGUGCAUGCGGGGGACUCUGGAUCUGGAGCAGCGAUUGGAGGUGGUCUCGUGGGAGGGCGGGCGGGUGGUGACGUGGCGCAAGUCGGACGAGGCGGCGAGAGGAAGUGGUGGUGCCGCUGUUGAUUCUGCUGCUGGUGAUGGUGACAGUGAUGGUGGUGCUCGUGCUGGUGCUGCCGGUGUGAGCGCUGGAAGUUCGAGCAGCGAACCGCUGCGAGGAGAGAAGGCAAGCGAGGGCGGGGAAGGAGAGGUUCGGAUCGACGUGGGCGGAGGCUCGGGAGCCGAGCCUGCGGGAGGGCGCGGAAGCGGCAGAGGAGGCGCGGGCGCGGGCGGAGCAGGCGGAGGGGAGGGCGGGGGCGACAACUCAGUAGCGGGGAUAGAGAUCCGGCCCGCGUCCCCCAUGGCGUGCGUGGCGGAGAACAGCUACCAGCGCGGCAUCCCGCGGCGGCUGUCCCUGAGCUUCGUGCACGCGUGGACGUUCACGUACACACACGUGGUGAACCGCACGGCUGUUAUGAAUGAGGAUACGCUGCUGGAGCUGGUCAGGCGGCGGCCUGCUGGGACUCCGUUGAUUACCAUCAGCAACCACAUGUCCACGUGCGUGGGGUGUGAGCUUUUGGGGUGGGGAUGUAUGGGGUCGCAUGGGGCCACCUGGGGAUGCAUGGGUCGCAUGGGGCCACCUGGGGAUGCAUGGGUCGCAUGGGGCCACCUGGGGAUGCAUGGGUCGCAUGGGGCCGCAUGGGGUCGCAUGGGGUUGCAUGCAGUCGCACGCGUGGACGUUCACGUACACGCACGUGGUGAAUCGCACGGCUGUGAUGAAUGA